GACAGCUGCCAUUGUUUUGUUUUGACAUUGCAAAACCUCGAACAGCUGCGACGUUCAAUGGUGUGAAUCACGCUUGUUUUGAAUCUCCGUGUUUUGAGAGUUUUAUUUCUUGUGGCCUUGCUCCAGAUAUCGCUGUCUGGACGCUAUUAAUUAGCAAACCCAACUGCUACAGUUGCAUGGUUUAUCGCUGGCUGUAAAACUACGUUGGUGGUGUGGAAAAUGGACUUGUAAUUUGUAUGUAAACAAAACUGUACUGAAUCUCGCAGAGCUGUGCACAUGUGCAAACAGAAGUUCUUUAGUUCUUGGAUCUUAGACAAAGAGUGACGUCUGAACGAAGAAAAAGACGGGAACUGAAGAACCUGAUGGCAUAAUUUCUGUCAUUGACAAAGUGACCUCUAUUUGUGCAUUUUUCUAAACAGUGGAAAAUAAAGAUGGAUUCAACCGCUGUUCCAAACGGCAGCCUGAUUGAGAAUUCUAAUUAUCUACUGAGAGGCGUAGAUGACAGCUUUGGUGGUGUGAAGGUCACGACGUCCAAUGAACAGUGGAGUUCUGCCCAGGACUUCAGCAAGAGACUCGAAGCUUCCUUGGAGCAUUGGAAGUCCCUGCACAAGAGAGGCAUAUGGCUGAAGAUCUCCCUGCAAGAAUCAGAAAUUAUCCCUGAAGCUGUCAAGCACCAGUUUGUCUUCCACCAUGCACAGCCAUCAUACGUCAUGAUGAUAAGAUGGUUGCCUAGCAACGAGCCCAAUCAACUUCCGGGCUACGCCACAAAUUACAUUGGGGUUGGUGGUUUUGUGACCAACGACAACAACCAGCUGCUGGUCAUCAAGGAGAAGUAUAACCAUGGCAAGAAGUCCAUGUGGAAGCUGCCGGGAGGCCACUCAGACAUAGGGGAGGAGCUUGCAGAAACAGCCAAGAGGGAGGUUCUGGAGGAGACCGGCAUCGAGUCUGAGUUCGUCUCCAUCCUCUGCUUCCGGCACCAGCACAGGUACCGCUUUGGCCAAUCAGACAUCUACUUUGUCUGUCACAUGCGAGCACUGACCAAUGAGAUCGAAGUAUGCCCUAAUGAGAUUGAGGACUGCAAAUGGAUGGACCUGGAUGAGUAUUUGGUCAACCCUGAGGCGUCCGAUUUCAACAGGAAGAUCGCAAGCUGCUACGUCCAGAACUGCAACAGCCAUCCCCCGCAGAGCAUACAGCCCGACCAAGUCUGGUCGUCCUUCAGUAAUGUGUACCAGCUCUUCUACUCCAUUCAUGAAGAGGGAAAGCCUGACUAAGGAUUUACCAAAUCCCAAAGUAGAAAUGAGAUACUGUAGGAGUCUUUCAGGAAUCAGUUUCGGAUGGAAUUAUUUUUUUCUUCCUUUUCAAACUGGUGUGUCUGAGUUGUGCAGAUUAAAAUGUAUUUAUGAAAUGGAAUUUUGUGUCGAAUGAUAUAAAUCAACAUUAAGUUUUUUCUGCCAUUCACUGGCGUAUAAACACUUUGUACCCAGUCUGUUACCUCCCGAGUGAAAAUUGGAAAAAAUGACCUGGGUGGGACUCGAACCAGCAACCUCCUGCUUUCUAGUGCAGACGUCUUACCACUCGACCACCGAGCUUGCGGGAUCCAGCCAACCAAUCCCAUAAGCGUGGUGGUCGAGUAGUAAGCAGGAGGGAGGUAAACAGUGUCUAUAGAUCGGCAAAGGGGGAGGGGAAAAACUAAUAUUGACAGAUAAAAUGAUCGCGAAGUUCUGAAUUAAGAUUGAUGUUCCACACAGUCAGGAGCAACUACACGCACAAUAUAUCUAUAGAUUGGCAAUUGUUUGGAAGGACACCAGAUUUUAUUUAGUGGAAAAUUAAUGUGUUAACGAAAAUCAAAAUCGAAACGAAAAUCUAUUGAAAUUGAACUAGAGUUACUCCUCAUCGUAUCCCUUGGCCCGGUGUGACUCCAGAACAGUUGUACGAAGUGGGUGUGUGUCGGGUUUGAGUAAUUAACUACUGGUGAUCCUGAUUUUCAAUAAUGAAGUUUCAAUGCAUUAUGCAUCUCAGGACUAUGUGCAAGCAAGGCGCCUGGAUUUUUUAGCCGGACAAAAGCUUAUUGUGGAAUCCGGCGAUCAGAAUUAGAAGCUUUUACUCAAUGGUGUCACAUUCACGCGCAUGCUGCACAUGUUCUUAAAGACGUGCACGCGUUUUUAAAGACGAGGUACACGCGAAAUGUUGGUAUUCCUAUUGGUUGAAGGAGCAAUGGAGUCUGUGUGUACUACCUGAGCUGAGCGCGACUUGCACGAGCCUUGUGCCACCCUAGAAAAUCGCUGCUGCCGGAUUUGUCUGUACAUUCUCCUUCCCUGGGAUUUGUAAAUGUAGCCCCUUGCGGGUUAACACGAUGUGGGUUGACAUUCAGAAACCUACUUUGCACGAGUGGGUUAUUAUAUCUUACAGUAUUGUACAUUUUACACUGACAUUACCUCAAUUUUUUACGGAAUGUGUCUGCAAGUGUGUGUUAUGCAGGGAAGAAUGAGUCGAAAAUAGGUUAUAACUUAAUGUAUAAAUUAAGAUAAUACUGAUUACUUCAUGAAGGUAUCUUCGAAAUAUCCGUAUGUCUUCUGACUAUUAUGGUUAAGGGUUAAUUCACUGGAGAUUAAGUGAUUUUAUGAAAAGUUUUCUCAUUUAUAUACUAGUCCAUAAUGUAACAUUUACCCAAUCCGGAAGUGUAUUUCACAUCACAUGGAUGGCAAAAACCUGUGAAACUGUCACGGCCCAUUGACUUAUCUAUAGGGCAUUAUGUAUUAGGCCAAAAAAAAAAGUCUCCG